UCAAAACAGCUUUCUCCAUUAAUUCUUAUGAAAYGUUUCAGGGAGGGGUGGAGAGAUAGAAGCAGAGCUCGUCCAUGACACAACACCUCCUCCCUCCAGCAGUAGACACCUCCCUUCACACUCUUCCUCUCUUCCAUAAGUCUGAGGUUAGAUUACGCUCAGUCACACACUUCRGUCCAAACAACGGCAGGUUGCUGUCAGAGCGGAGCACAGCGCAGAUGUGACUGCAUUCUCCUGCCUGUUAAUCAUCUGCCUGCCACAGACUGUAACUCUCCUUUUGUAACAAACGUUAAGCUCUCUUCCUUUAUCUGCUUCUAGCUCCUCUGGACCACCAGAAUUAGACCAGAUCAGGUCCAACAGUUUUCAGUGGCUGCAGGAAUGAAUUUCGAUGAAAUCCUCAGUGUCAUUGGAGGCUUUGGGAAGUUUCAGAAGAUCUUGUAUGUGUGGAUCUGUGUACCUCAGAUCUUCCUGGCGUUCCACAUGCUGGUGUCAGUGUUCACCGGGGCUGUUCCUCCACACCUGUGCCGCUCUUUGGGGCCCUUAGACGGCCUUCCGACCUACGUGAACUUCAGCCUUCUGACAGGCUCCAGUGGCCGUCCUGAACUUUCCUGCACUGCAUCUCUGAACCACAGCGGUUCUGCAGCCCCUGAAGACGGGCACCCUGCUGUGAGCUGCCGAGAGGGCUGGGAGUACAGCAAGGAGACGUUCCAGAGCACCGUAGUAUCUGAGUGGGACCUGGUUUGUUCAAACGCCAGCCUGAAUAAUUUAUGCUCCUCCAUAUACAUGUUUGGUCUCCUUGUUGGAGCUCUUGUGUUUGGACACUUAGCUGAUAAGUACGGCAGAAGAAUCAUCAUCCUCAUCAGCCUGGGUAUCCAGGUCACCUUUGGCGUUGCUGCUGCUUUUGCCCCUAAUUUUUACGUCUAUACUGCCCUUCGCUUCAUGGUGGGAACGUCCAUUUCUGGUGUUAUUAUGAACGCCUUUGUCCUGGGGACUGAAUGGACGGGCCUGAAACACCGGAUGUUGGCUGGUAUAAUCACAGACUAUUUCUUUGGUUUUGGCUACAUCUUACUGGCUGGAGUAGCGUACCUCAUCAGAGACUGGCGUAAGCUGCAGCUGGCUAUAUCAGCGCCUGGCGUUCUCUUCAUCGUCUACAUCUGGGUGUUGCCUAAAUCAGCUCGCUGGCUGAUGGCUAAUGACCAAAACCAGGAGGCGUGGGARCUGAUCCUGAAGGCAGCACAGAUGAAUAAGAAGGUCAUCAACAAAGACCUGAAGAUGUUUCAGGCUGGUCAAACUGAAGAGAAACUAAAGAAGAAGCACUCGUUCUUGGACCUUCUUCGAACCCCAACAAUGAGGAAGCAGUCUCUGAUUGUAUUCUAUCUGUGGUUUGUCAACAUCCUAGUGUACUACGGCUUGUCCCUCAACAUCUCUGACUUUGGGAUGAACAUCUACCUGACACAGAUGAUCUUCGGUUUGGUAGAGAUGCCAGCACGCACCAUUACCCUGUUCACCCUCAACCGCUCCCGCAAGAUCCCUCAGCUGGCCUUCCUAGCUGUUGGAGGCUCUGCCUGCCUGCUGACCACCUUCAUCCCCAGCAACCUGUCUGUUGUCAGAACUGUCCUGGCGAUGAUCGGAAAGUUUGGAAUCACAGCCUCUCUGUCCAUCAUUUAUGUCUACUCAGCAGAAAUCUUCCCCACUGUCAUCAGACAAAAUGGGAUUGGGAUUGGAUCCAUGUGUGCACGAAUAGGGGGAGUCCUGGCCCCCAUGAUGUACCUCCUGAGGGACAUGAGUCCUCAUGCUCCCAUGGUUGUGUCGGGUCUCUGUCCCCUGCUGGGCUCUGCUCUCACCCUGCUGCUGCCUGAGACGGCCAACAAGCCUCUGCCAGACACCAUCGAAGACGUGGAGGGAAAUGUCCUCAG